AUGCCGUUCAAUAUAUUCGCAAACUUGCUGCAGAAUGGCAAAGCCAUGGCACAAGCCACCCGAGAAGGUAGCCAGGAUUUGUCGACUGGUGACGGACUGGACGCAAAGGGCUUCUGGGCAAACUACACACGGCGUUCAGGGCGACAUAGCAUCAUCGUCGGCGACGCCCACACGCCCGACGAGGAUCUCGGUAACACGGCUAUUGAAGACAUCCUCAGGACCACCAACUCACCAUACCUUUUCGACGUGACCAACUUCCUCAAAGACGAAUCAUACCGCCCCAAAUUAUGUCCCGAAGACGACAAGCCCGCCCGCGGGGUAAUGGGUGAAAUCAUCACUCUUUAG